AUGUGUUAUUACUAUGGUCGUCAUUCAGGGAUGGUAAGAGGAGAGCUUAAAGAACUAUGGAAUUACGGUAUCGAUGAAUCAAAAGAGUCUAACACACCAGACGAUCCUCUACUGAGGCAUAGUAACUUGAUUCAGCAAUCUAAUGGUGUGCUAUCAAAUCAAACCAGAUCAGCUUUCCCAAGAACAUCGAGGAAGAAGCUUAUAUAG